UCUCCAGUAGCAUACACAUUACUCACAUUCAGAGAAUUCCUAUUAGUAAAAAACGUUAUAAAUGUAAUGAAUGUGGGAAAGCUUUUAGUCAGAUGACAGGACUUACUCAACAUCAGAGAAUUCAUACUGGAGAGAAACCUUAUACAUGUAAUCAAUGUGGGAAGGCCUUGAGACAGAAAGUACAUCUUAUUAUACAUCAGAGAAUUCAUACUGGAGAAAAACCUUAUAAAUGUAAUGAAUGUGGAAAGGCCUUCAGUUGGAAGACAGGACUUACUGAGCAUCAGAAAAGUCAUACAGGAGGCAAACUGUAUGAAUGUAGUGUAUGUGGAAGGGCCUUCAGCCGGAAGAUAGGACUUGCCUUCCAUUUGAGAAUUCAUACUGGGGAGAAACCUUAUGCAUGUGAUGAAUGUGGGAAAGCCUUCAGGCAGAAGGGGACACUUAUUGAACAUCAGAAUAUUCACACUGGCCAGAAACCUUAUAAAUGUAAUGAAUGUGAAAAGGACUUUAGUCAAAAGUCUGGACUAGCCAACCACCUGAGAAUUCAUACUGGAGGGAAACCUUAUGCAUGUAAUGUCUGUGGGAAGGCCUUCAGGCAGAAGAGAUCAUUUAUUGAACAUCAGAAUGUUCAUACUGGACAGAAACCUUAUGAAUGUAAUCAUUGUGGGAAGGCCUUUAGGUGGAGGAGAACUCUUACUGAACAUCAGAAUGUUCAUACUGGAGGGAAACUUUAUAAAUGUAAUGAAUGUGGAAAGGACUUUAGUCAAAAGUCUGGAUUUGCCUACCAUCUGGUAAUUCAUACUGCAGGAAAACUUUAUGCAUGCAGUGAAUGUGGAAAGACCUUUCAGGGGAGUUCGAAACUUUCCCAACAUCAGAAAAUUCAUACUGGAGAAAAACCUUUUGAAUGUAAUGAAUGUGGCAGGGUUUUUAGCCAGAAGACAGGACUUAGUGAACAUAAGAAAUGUCAUACUGAAGAGAAACCUUAUGAAUGUAGUGAAUGUGGGAAAUGCUUCAGACAGAAUUCCAGACUUACUGAACAUCAGAAAUGUCAUACUGAAGAGAAACCAUAUGAAUGUAAUGAAUGUGGGAAAACCUUCCUAAAGAGAACACACCUUGUUGAACAUCAGAGAACUCAUACUGGAGAGAAACCUUAUAAAUGUAAUGAAUGUGGAAAGAACUUCAGUCAAAAGUCUGGACUUGCCUACCAUCUGAGAAUUCAUACUGGAGAAAAGCUUUGUGAAUGCAGUGAAUGUGGAAAGGCCUUCCAGGCAAGGUCAAGACUUAUGCAACAUCAGAAAAUUCAUACUGGAGAGAAACCUUUUGAAUGUAAUGAAUGUGGCCAGGCCUUUCCCCUGAAGGCAGGCCUUACUGAACAUCAGAAAUGUCAUUCUGAAAAGAAACCUUAUGAAUGUGGUGAAUGUGGGAAAUCCUUCAGACAGAAGUCCAGACUUACUGGACAUCAGAAAAUUCAUACUGAAGAGAGACCUUACGAAUGUAAUGAGUGUGGGAAAGCCUACAGACAGAAGACAGGACUUAUUGGACAUCAGAAAAAUCAUACUGGAGAGAAACCAUAUGAAUGUAAUGAAUGUGGAAAAGCCUUUUGCCAGAGAACACACCUUGUUGAACAUGAGAGAAUUCAUACUGGAGAGAAACCUUAUGAAUGUAACGAAUGUGGGAAAGCCUUUAGUCAUAAGAGAACACUUACUGAACAUCACAAUAUUCAUACUGGAGAGAAACCUUAUAAAUGUAGUGAAUGUGGAAAGGGUUUUAAUCAGAAGGCUGGACUUACUUACCAUCUGAGAAUUCAUACUGGAGAGAAACCUUAUGAAUGUAAUGAAUGUGGGAAGAACUUCAGCUGGAAGACAAGACUUACUCAACAUCAGAAAAUUCAUACUGGAGAGAAAACUUAGUAAUAUAAUGAAUGCCAUUUGCAGAGAAUGUAUUGAAUAUAUUGAACCUUGGAGAGAAAAAAGAGAGAAAUCCUAGGAAUGUCAUGAAUUUUGGAAAGUCAUCCAGGGGAGCUUAAAAUUAAGCACCACAACCCAUACCGAAGAGAAGCUUUAUGAAUGUAGGGAUACAUUUAGCUGGAAGACAGUACUUAUUGAACGUCACCAAAUACUGGAGAGAAACUUUAGUAAUAUAAUGAGGCAGCUAGGUAGUAGCGUGGGUAAGAACACUGGUCCUGGAAUCAGGAAGACCUGCAUUCAAAUUAUGCUUUAGAAGACAUGAGUUCACAUCCUGCCCCACUCACAUCUAUGAGAUUC